UUGAUUCUUUCUAAGUGUCAGAACUCUCACCGAGGCAGCAGCAGUCACUGAGAUUCACUCAGACCUGGAAAAGGAUAUAAGACCAUUAUUAAAACAUCAUGGACUUUAAAUUCUUGGAAGUACUAAAGCCGUUCUGUGCGGUGCUACCACAGAUCCAGAAACCUAAGCAAAAGAUUCCAUUCAGAGAAAAGUUGCAAUGGACGGCAAUUACUGUCUUCAUCUUUCUUGUGUUACCAGAUUCCCCCUUAUGGCAUAAAGUCCUUAAACGUUGUAGAGGGAGUUUUUCUGGGUUCGAAAAGUGGUACUCUGAUGGAGCUGGGUAUCUCACCUAUUUUCACCUCACGACUGUUAAUGCAGCUGCUGGCUGGAGCUAAGAUCAUUGAAGUUUUGGACACCCCAAAGGAUAGAGCGCUCUUUAACGGAGCUC